CUGUCAGUGACGUCAUCUGCUGGCGCCGCUGGAGAGGUUGCACACUGGUUACAGCAGACUUGCCAUAGUUUCGGUUUCUGGCGGACAUGCUGAGGGCAGUGAGCCGGGUUGGGGGCGCCCUGCUGCGGGGCUCCCAAAUAAAUGGUCCUAAAGCCUGGAGUGUUGAGGUGCGCCGCUGCGCCUCAUCUGGAACUCCCAUGAACACAGUCGUCUUGUUCGUUCCCCAACAGGAGGCCUGGGUGGUGGAGCGUAUGGGCCGGUUCCAUCGCAUUCUGGAGCCUGGUCUGAACAUCCUCAUUCCAUUUCUGGAUCGCAUCCGCUAUGUACAGAGUCUGAAGGAGAUUGUGAUCAACGUUCCUGAGCAGUCCGCUGUGUCCCUGGACAACGUAAGCUUACAGAUAGAUGGAGUGCUGUACCUGCGCGUCAUGGACCCUUAUAAGGCCAGCUACGGUGUGGAGGAUCCAGAAUACGCAGUCACUCAGUUGGCCCAGACCACCAUGCGUUCUGAACUCGGCAAGCUGUCAUUAGACAAGGUCUUUAGGGAAAGAGAAUCGCUCAACUCCAGUAUUGUGCAUGCCAUAAACCAGGCUUCCGAUUACUGGGGGAUCAAGUGUUUGCGGUACGAGAUUAAGGACAUCCAUGUGCCUCCCAAAGUCCGAGACGCCAUGCAGAUGCAGGUUGAGGCUGAGCGGCGAAAAAGGGCCAUGGUGUUAGAAUCUGAAGGGACCAGAGAGUCUGCAAUCAAUGUGGCUGAAGGGGAGAAACAGUCCCAGAUCUUGGCCUCCGAAGCCGAGCGAGAGGAACAGAUCAACAGAGCUGCAGGUGACGCAAAUGCAAUCCUAGCCAGGGCUAAAGCCCGGGGCGAGGCGAUACGUCUGGUGGCAGAAGCCCUCAACAAGCAGAACGGCAAUGCUGCUGCAUCGCUCUCCAUAGCAGAGCAGUACGUUACCGCCUUCUCCAAAUUGGCGCAAGAGUCCAACACCAUACUACUACCUGCAAACACAGGAGACAUCAGCAGCAUGGUGACCCAGGCCUUGGGAAUUUACAGCACAGUGACCAAAAACAUGAAAAACAUACAGCAGAAAAGUUCUUCUACAGAACCAGCAGAAGCCGAGCAAUUCACAGAGGAUCUGAAGGAGAGGUCCUGAUGGGCGGUCCAGCCGCGGCGCACAACAAUGUCGCUGUGCACUGUUAGGAGAUUUUUGUAUUUUAAGAAUGACCUUAUAAGUACGUCACAUGAUUAUAUAUGAUUUCAAACAAACAUGGGCUCCGUUAUUUGCUGUUAUGUUCAGGGCUGUGACAAUUUGUUUUCUUUUCCCA